GCAACCUCAUGUCAUCUCAACCAAACAAACUCCAAGAGGACUAUCGCGACCAAUAUGUCAAAGCUCAAUCUCAAUUUGUCUGCCUCAUUGAACAUUUUCAAGCUUAUCGCCAAGCCUUCACUAUGUCUGCCCCACGCUACAGUUCCAACGUUCAACGACCUGCCCAUCCCUCUUAACAAAGCCUUCUCCGGCAAUGGCGAGAAGAAGGUUGACAUAAAGGCUGUCGUGCUCGACAAAGAUGACUGCUUUGCCUAUCCUGAUCACAAUGAAGUGUAUGAGGCUUACAAGGAACGCAUGGAGGCUCUACGAGCAGCAUACCCAGGACGCCGUCUUCUGAUCGUUUCCAACACUGCUGGUGCCCUAAGCUGGGACAAGGACGGCCAGAUGGCAUCCGCAGUUGAAAAGGCCACCGGCAUCACUGUUCUCCCCCAUGGUGUGAAAAAGCCAGGCUGUGGAGACGAGAUCAUGUCCUACUUCCGUGCCCACCCGGAAACCGGUGUCACCAGUCCUCACCAGAUCGCCGUCGUGGGAGACCGACUGGCCACUGACAUGAUGCUUGCCAACAUGAUGGGCAGCUAUGGUAUUUGGAUCAAGGAUGGAGUUGUUCCCCACCAGCAGAAGAGCAUCUGGUCGAGAGUUGAGAGGACUGUUGCGCCCUUCCUUGUAUCCCGUGGUUAUACCGCUCCUGAGCCAGUGAGCCCCUUUGAGUAACUGCAUUUUGUGCUUCUCCAGGGAAAGAAGACAGCGUGUAGUAAUGUAUGUUUUCUGCAUAUCCCCAGUAGCUGAGGUUCUUCCAAAGGCCUUGAGAGUGACCGAGGAGUGUUCGGUAGUAGUCGUGUGCGUCGGAAUAAGUUGAAUCCACAACGACGACCUUGCCAGUACGUUUGCUGCCUACAGGCUUCGAUAGCAGGUUACUCAUCAUUUCACUCUCGUGGCCAGCGAGCAGUUAGUCGGUGAAUGGUAUCUGGAGGCCACAGAUUU